AUGUGGUCCGAGCCAGAGCUGGCCGGAUACCUGGACAAGCGCGGCAGGAGAUCCGAUUCGUGGAAGAGGCGCCUCUUCUUGCUCCAGGGCCAUGCCCUAUUCUAUUUCGUCAACGAAUGCCAGGUGCGCACGGGUUUGCCUUCAGCUGUUAUUCCGAUGGAAGGAAGCAAAGUCGAAGUUUCAGGACGAUCGAGGGAGUCGAGCAAUGGAUUCGUCUUCCAUUUGUUUCUCGGCGCGCAGUACGCCGGGCUUGCGAGGCGCAGCGCUUACGUCCUUGCGGCAGACUCCCACGAAGCAUUGGCGGCCUGGAUCCGGAUGAUGAAAAUCGCGUCAUACUCUCGAGAAAGCCUCAAUGGCAAGCUAUGGAAGUCGAGAUCACGAUAUGCAGAGAUCAAGCAUGAUUUAUCCGAGUCGCCAUCGGACAAGGAGCUGCUCGAGUCGAAAGCGGGGCUCGAGACGCAAGGGCUGCAGAGGGAGCUACGGCGAUGCAUGAAAGAGAGGGAAGAAGUCGCAAGGGAAGUGGAAGAAGCCACUCUAGAAGCGGAUAGGCGUGAAGCAGCAGUUUCUCAUGCCGCAGCGUCGUGGGACUUGAUGCAAAUUCGCGCAUCAAGCAAAGGUGGUCGUGGCAGCUCCUUCUCGGAUCUGGAGCAUGAGCUGCAAAGUAUCGAGAAGCUAUACAAGCUCUUGCAAGCUAAAGGCAAUCUGUACCAGGGUCUAGGCACUGAAAGUCUCCGGGGUGACGCUCAGAUCCAUCUACAAAAGCUACUAAAACAUGCUGUGCUUUUGAUCCAAGAUCGUCACUCUCAGAUCCGUGCUGGAGCUCCCAGGUUCUCUUUCCACAUUGAUCCGAAAAUCUACGACCAAGAAACUUUCAAUGCGAAUGGAAGUCACGAAGGAAGACGAACGACGCGAGGAGCGCAAAGGAUGCGAGUAGCAAGAGCUAAAGCCUCGUAGGGAAUGGACGAAGAACAGCCAUGGCUCUUCACGCUUUUACGAGAGUAGCUCUCUGCAAGACGGGAGUGAUCACGUUUUAAAAUUGUCCGCAUUGUUG